GGGGAGGGUGAGAGUCUCUGACUCAGCGUUGGUGGCCCAGCCAGGCUCUGGAGGGGGAGCUGAGAGGCAGGAGCCCAAAGGGAAUGAGGGGGUGGGCAGUUUCCUGGAAACCAAAGGUACAGAGACUGGCCACCUGGGUCUGAGCGAGGAGGGCACUGGGGGCCUGAACUUCUCCAACUAAAGAGGGGAGGGGGCUGGGGUUGGAAGUCCAGGGUCUGAGGAAGGAGAGGCCUGGGGGCCCCACUCCUGGGUCUGGAGACAUUUAUGGACAAGUCUCUGGACAGUGAAGUCAAAUCCCUAUUGAAUGUUCAUGCUCACCUGCUGCAGCCGCCCAGGGUGGGGCUGGGUAGGGCCACCUUGACCAUGGGAACAAUUUCAGGUGUGCUGCAAAGCAAAGCCUUUGAAUCCCAACCUGGGACUGUGGGAGGAUAAACAGGCUUCCACUCCCUCCUGCCAGCUCCUUCCGGGCUCAAGGAGAGGCUGCCACCAGGAGGGGCCCGUCUAGAAAGGAGCUGUCGGCACCAGACCAUCCAUUCCCCACGGAGGAGGCUGGGGGCCCCGGCUCUGGCAUCUGGAGGUGUGCGGUGUGGACAGAGGCGAUCAGCGGCACCUGGUGUGCGUGGGGACACCCACAGACCUGAGGCUCCCGCGUCUGGGACCCUGACAGCUGGAGGAGGUUUUCCAUCCGCUCCAGGAGCAGCCUGGCGAACGGGUUCCUCACCCCCACAGGGAGGACGAGGCAGACAGAGGGCGGAGGAUCUUACUCCCAGCCCCGGCCUAGUGUCCGGGGAGUGGCCGGACUCCGAGCCUCCAGGUACCCGGGGCAGGCUGUGAGCCCGGGCGCCAGAGAAGGGGGAGAAGUCCAUGGACCCGAACACCUGGGUCCAGCAUCGCGUCCGGCGCUAGAAGUCCACGUCCACGGAAGGAUGCCGCUGCUGGAGGCCAGCCCUUGGAGCCAGUCGGGGGAAGCGGCAUGGAGGGGAGGGCUGCUGAGCCUUGGGACCUGGAGUUCGGGAUUCCGGGGGCGGCCGGAUGUGGACUGCACUUGAGGACGGCUCGCUGCAGUCUCGCCAAGCCGACUGCGGAUCUGCCAUCCGCCAGAAGCUCAGCCAUGUGGGCCCCCAGCCGGCGGCAGCUCUGUCUGACCUUCCUGCUAGUCUGUGUUCUUUCAGCUGUCUUCUUCCUCCACAUCCACCAAGACCUAUUUCACAGUGGCCUGGACCUGACUGCCCUGUGUCCGGCCCGCCACCUGCUGACACCCCCUGUGGCCGUCUUCUGCUUGUCGGGCACGCCGAUGGCGCCCAACGCCUCCUUUCCCUGUCUCAAGCCCCCUGCCUCGCUCUCAGGAAUCUGGACCAUCUACCCAGAUGGCCGCUUUGGUAACCAGAUGGGGCAGUACGCCACGCUGCUGGCCCUGGCCCAGCUCAACGGUCGCCAGGCGUUCAUCCUGCCCGCCAUGCACGCCGCGCUCGCCCCCGUGUUCCGCAUCAGCCUACCCGUGCUCGCCGCUGAGGUGGAUGGCCGCACGCCGUGGCGGGAGCUACAGCUGCACGACUGGAUGUCAGAGGACUACGCACACUUGGAGGACGCCUUCCUGAAGCUUACGGGCUUCCCCUGCUCCUGGACCUUCUUCCACCAUCUCCGCGCCCAGAUCCGCAGGGAGUUCACCUUGCACGACCACCUACGGCAGGAGGCCCAGGGUCUCCUGAGUCAGCUCCGCUUGGGCCGCGCAGGGGUCCGCCCUCGCACCUUCGUGGGGGUCCACGUGCGCCGUGGGGACUACCUGCAAGUCAUGCCCCAGCGCUGGAAAGGGGUGGUGGGCGAUCGCGCCUACCUCCAGCAGGCUAUGGACUGGUUCCGGGCCCGGCACGAAGCCCCUGUCUUUGUGGUUGUCAGCAAUGGCAUGGCCUGGUGUCGGGAGAACAUCGACGCCUCCCGUGGGGACGUGAUCUUUGCUGGCGAUGGGCAGGAGGGCUCACCGGGGAAGGACUUUGCGCUGCUCAUGCAGUGUAACCAUACCAUCAUGACCAUUGGGACCUUCGGUUUCUGGGCCGCCUACCUGGCUGGUGGAGACACCGUCUACCUGGCCAACUUCACCCUGCCUGACUCCAACUUCCUGAAGAUCUUUAAGCCAGAGGCUGCCUUCCUGCCCGAGUGGGUGGGCAUUAAUGCCAACUUGUCUGCACUCCAGUCGCUGGCGGGGCUGUGAGCAGCAGGGAGACUUUCCGGAAUCGCUGAUCAGUCUCAGGGCGGCAUUUACCUGGCAGCUUCUGGGGAAACCUAUGGGAGCCCCACAGCUGGUGCCCUCCCCCCCAUUUCUAGAGCAGUUCUAGCCGGCUAGACUUCGAGAGAAAGGAGGGCUCUCUGUAGCUGUCUGGACAUUUUAGAACCAGCAGAAGAUCUUUUUCUGUGGGUUGGCAAUGCCCAGAGAGGCUCAUAUCAGUUCUAGAAGGCAGCGCCUACCUGUUCAUCCCAGCCCAUAUCCAGAGUACUUUCUGGCUGGCUGCACCCAAGUCCAGGCAACUCCCCCUUCGAAUGUUGCCCCUGGUCUUCUUGAGAAGAGAGGUCCAGUCCCCAGGACUGAGGGAACUUGUGGGUGUCCUAGAGCAAGCACCCACCAACUCCCGUUCUGUGUUUCUGGAGUCAUUCUAGAAAGCCCCAGCUCGAUUACCUGUGGAGAAUCCUGCAGGGAUCUUCCAGAGGGGUGGGGUUCUGGAAUUCCAGGAGAAUCUCAGGAAGGUACAAUCCAAAUCUUAACACCUCAACCACUGCCGGGAAUAUGGGUAGAAGACAGAUUAUGUGUAGCUAGCUGAGAGCUGACCCGAAAUGUCUGACCUCUCAGCCCCUGAAAAGAAAGACCAAGACUCUUUUUUGAGCAGAUGGACGAAAAUGUGGGAGGUGGCGAGAGGGGGACAGAUUCAGAAGUGUAGCCAGUCCUGGAGUGAAGUUUUUCAGAAAUGU